CGUACGCGCGGGCAGGUGAGAGACAGUGAGUGUGUGUGUAUACAUACACAUAGGCAAAUUGACGAGUUCAUUGACAAAAACAUCCAUUUUCUUACCCGCGAAGUAUCUUUCCCGAUUUGACUUUCCCUGGGAGAGGCAGUAUAGAACCCAAGGAAAUGCUCUUAGCUCUAUAGAAGUGAAGGUAAUCACUGAGCAAAACAGAGCACACCAUGGGUGGCGAUUCAAUUUCGUCUCAAGGUGAAGAUUCUUGUUCAGAUGUCGUUUUUUCUACCCUUUCUUCCAAUUCUCCCACUCUUACAAGGGAUAGCUUGAGCAUGAAGGUUGAAAAUGACACUGUGAAUGGGGAAAAUGGGUUGGCACGAGUAGAAACUGGGGAGAUAAAUAUCGGGCCUUCUUCUUCUUCUUUUGAUCUUGAAGUCAAUAACAGAAGAAAACAUCGCAUCUACCAAGAAAUCUUGCAGAAAUAUGAUGAAAGGACAAUUAGUUGCAAGAAUCUGAAAGAGGAAAGAGAGAAAAUUUUGAGCUACAGCCCAGGAGUAUGGACAGAGAAUGUGGGUGGGUUGAAAUUAAGUGAUUAUGAUGUACCAAAGACAACAUGCCUCAUAUUGAUUGGUCCAAGAGGGUCUGGUAAAAGUAGUCUAAUAAAUAGAAUCUCCAAAGUAUUUGAGGUUGGCAAAUACGCAACAGCAAGAGCACAAGUAUCAUGUAAUUCAUCUACAGGAGAUGGGACAUACUUUCUCCAGGAGUAUAUGAUUCCAAGAAGCUCAACUUCUAUCUGUCUGUAUGAUACACGUUGUUUGUCUGGCAAUCCAAAUGACGAUGAUAGAAUUCUGUAUCAGUGGAUGACAAAAGGUGUUAGUCAUGGAGAGCUUGUUCUGAGGAGCACUGAUGAUCAGCGUCUGAAGAAACUUUUAAAGCAUAGGGCUUGCAAGACUGAUUUCUUUUUCAGCAAGAGGAUGAAAGUUAAUUUUGUUAUAUAUGUUGCUAAUGGCCUUUCACUUUUAAAAUCACUGGAGAACACUGGUGCUUCGGAGAGAGGAUAUGCUGAUAUGGUUGCUUCUACUUUCAAUUGCCCGUACCUGUCAUUUAAAGAUGACAAACCAGUGCUUGUGGUCACGCAUGGGGAUCUUCUUUCACUAUCUGAUCGUGCUCGUGUAUGUGCAUAUUUGGUAGAGCUGCUAGGAGUUCCACCAACUCAAAUUUUUGAUAUCCCAGCAGAAUGCGAUGAUUGUGUGACUGAGUUUACCAUAAUUGAAAUGUUGCGGUAUACUCUUGAGCAUGCUGACAGAAAUUAUCCUCCAAAAAUUAGGGUCAUGGAUAAGGUUUGUGACUUCCAAAAUACCGAUGAUGAUAACAUGUCUAUGAUGUCCAUUUUUUCCUUCCAAACUUUUCUUAUGGAAUUUAUGCUUGACCAUAUAAUCGUCUUUCAAUUUUGGAUUCUUGCUAAAUAGAGCCUUCUUUCUGGCUAAAAAAGAAAUAAAGAGACUUUUCCAGAUUAGGUGACUAAGCCCCUUUCAUUUUUGAGACAUCUCUAUUGCUCAUUUGUAUUUCUAGUGAAUAAUUAAAUAUUAGAGAUUUUGGUUUGUAUCUAACAAUUAUUCCACUAAGGAAUCAAUUAAUGGUCUAAGCCUAAACUUGAGGGAGAUUUUAGGCCCAAAAAAAAAAACUUGAGGGAGAUUCUAUUCAUUUUUUCACUUCAUUG